AUGAAUAGUUCAUACGAUAUUAGUUUUGAGAGUUAUGAAGAUACAUCUAAACAUAAUUUUAGACACAAAGGUGGUAUUAACAUCAGCAACGAACUUGCCGAUUUAUGUGAGAGGUUACGCGUUUCAGCUUUAACAAACGCCGCUGAAAUUAGUCCUCUAGUAAAAGAAGUGACCAUAGGACCAAAUAGUCCUAGAAAAAAGGAUGACUACAAGGAUACCACGCCGAUCAUUAAUAAGGAACAGCCUAUCGAAAACUUACUUGAAGAUAAACUUCAGGAGGAUCUCCGAUAUUUACUCAUUGCAAAGAAAUGUGAAAACAAAAUGCAGAAAACAUCUAAUGAACUGUUUAAGGAUAUACUUGGAAAUAUGUUAUGCAAACACGCCGAGGCUACAACGCAAUUCUGGCAGAUUCAAGCUCAGGAAUGCCAAAAAAGAACUUUACUUGACAAGGAACGAAAAAUGAAAAUGUAUAAAAGUAUACAAGAGAACGACAAUACGUCACUUCUUGAAAAGGCUCGCACUAAUGAACUAAACUGUCCAAUCAAUAACACAGAUACGAUAGACAACAUGAACAAGAUUUUAGAAGAACAGAAUAAAGCUACUGCUCGGUUUGCUUCCAUUACAGAUAUAUCAAACCAGUUAACUGCUGAACCACAUGCUAAAACUGUCAUAAACACAUAUACGGGAGGCAUAGGGGCAGUAAAAGAAAACAAUAAUGUUGUAAUGGAGUAUUGCAAAACUGGAAAUGUGCCAGACAAGGAUGCAAAACAGGCCAAACUUUUGGCAUUAAAUAUUGAGAAUAUUAAAAAAAAUAUUGCACAAGAUUUAGAUGUAAUAAAGAAAGAAGAAAUUCUGAUGAAACAAAAACAAGAGGAGCUAAAGAAAAAACAAAUAGAAGAAGAGAAAGCUCAACAGAUAAAAUUAGCACAAGCUGCAGCAGCAGAGAAAGAGAAGACUGAACGUAUGAAGAAGACAAAACCAGUAUUUUUUUCAAAAAACAAUUACAAAUAUUAUGAAGAUCUUAAGAACUACCUUGAUCAAUACGAGAUGCAGUAUAAAGAUUUGUUAGAAGAUACCAGUUUAAAAAAGUUUAGAUUUGACUGUCAGAAAGCUGUUAAUACCCCUGUAAAUGCAUUGUCUUCUGUCAGUGUACUGCACAUGAAGGACAAGUAUGAUAAACUGUCUAAAUUACUAAAAGGUGAAAUAGUACAAGUGUUAGAUAUUAGUGUAAGAGCAACACGACAUCCACAAGGCUUAGCAUACUGCACAGCUUUACUAGCAAAGAAGAUAGUUAGGCAAGGAGAUCUGUUAGUUUCUAGCAACACAGAAGCGGCAUACCCUCUCGCAGCUGUCACUGUGGCUUUAUGGGCUCAGUUCCCCCAUUUUGGCAAGUUAGUUGAAGCUUACUUUCACAGGCUAUGCCCCUAUCUUGUGCCAAUGUUUCUACCACAAAAAGAAGGUCAGACUGAUAAAGAAUUUUACUUAUCAAGAGGCUACACAUAUAAUGAUGAAGGUGUUGUGGAGAAACAAGACAAGUUCCUGAAGAGGAUGUCUGGUAUUUUUAGAUUGCGCUGUGCAAUAUGGACAGCUAAAAUGCCCAAAUUUUUAAAUUCACCUCAUCCUAAUGGUAUGCGUCAUGCUUGGCAUUGGCUUGCAUCGUUUAUAAAUCUGAAACCUGAACCAGACAUAUCUGCUACCUUACUUCAUGAUUUUUAUAUUAUGUGUGGAUCUAGAUGUAAUGAGUGCUACGACAAACAAUUUAGAAAAAUUCUAGUACUAGCAAAUUCUGAUUAUCUUAAAAUACUAGAAAAUAUUGAUGAGGGUGGACCUAAAACUAGAUUGGAGGUUUAUCUUCAGGCAGCAUUAAAAUCAAAUAAUAUUCCACCUCCACCAGUACCAGCUCAACAAAUCAAUUGGUAA